AUGGCAAUGCCAAAGCCGGCCGCUCGCUCCCAUUCGCGCCGUCGCUCCGCUCGGCUCCUCCGGGCCCCCGCGCGAUCCCGUUUCUCGGAGCUGCUCGCGCCGCGGAGCGCCGGAGCCAUCGGCUCCGCGGAGGCGUCUCGCGGUUUGCGGAACGGGGUGAACGUGGAAGGGGCGACCCACAAGCAAGUGGUGGACCUGAUCCGCGCGGGAGAGAAGGAGCUGAUCCUCACCGUGCUGUCGGUGCCGCCCCACGAGGCCGACAACCUCGACCCGAGCGAUGACUCUUUGGGGCAGUCGUUCUACGACUACACGGAAAAACAGGCCGUGCCCAUCUCCAUCCCCACGUACAAGCACGUGGAGCAGAACGGCGAGAAGUUCGUGGUCUACAACGUGUACAUGGCCGUCCGGCAGCUCUGCUCCAAGCGCUACCGCGAGUUCGCCAUCCUGCACCAGAACCUGAAGCGGGAAUUCGCCAACUUCACCUUCCCGCGGCUGCCCGGGAAGUGGCCGUUCUCGCUGUCGGAGCAGCAGCUGGAUGCCCGGCGACGAGGCCUCGAGGAAUACUUGGAGAAAGUGUGUUCCAUACGAGUCAUCGGGGAGAGCGACAUCAUGCAGGAAUUCCUCUCGGAGUCGGACGAGAACUACAACGGCGUCUCGGACGUGGAGCUCCGAGUAGCGUUGCCAGAUAUAACGACGGUGACGGUCAGGGUCAAAAAGAACAGCACCACGGACCAGGUGUACCAGGCUGUGGCUGCGAAGGUCGGAAUGGACAGUAUUACCGCAAACUACUUCGCCUUGUUCGAGGUGAUCAAUCACUCCUUUGUGCGCAAGCUGGCGCCCAACGAGUUCCCCCACAAGCUCUACGUGCAGAACUACACGUCGGCCGUGCCAGGGACCUGCCUCACCAUCCGCAAGUGGCUCUUCACAACGGAGGAAGAAGUUCUCCUCAACGACAACGACCUGGCGGUCGCCUACUUCUUCCACCAAGCCGGGGCUGUUGAUGAUGUCAAGAAGGGCUACAUCAAAGCCGAGGAGAAGUCCUACCAGCUACAGAAGCUGUGUGAGCAGAGGAAGAUGGUCAUGUACCUGAACAUGCUGCGGACGUGCGAGGGCUACAACGAGAUCACCUUCCCGCACUGCUCGUGCGACUCGCGGCGGAAGGGCCACGUCGUCACCGCCAUCAGCAUCAAGCACUUUAAGCUCCACGCGUGCACCGAGGAGGGCCAGCUGGAGAACCAGGUCAUAGCGUUCGAAUGGGACGAGAUGCAGCGGUGGGACACGGACGAGGAGGGGAUGGCCUUCUGCUUCGAGUACGCGCGAGGAGAGAAGAAACCCCGAUGGGUUAAAAUCUUCACCCCGUAUUUCAACUACAUGCACGAGUGCUUCGAGCGGGUCUUCUGCGAGCUCAAGUGGAGGAAGGAGGUGGAGGAGGAAGCAGCAGACAAGGAUAACAAGAACUGCAGUAAAGACAAUAUGUGCAGCAAGAACAUCUUCCAGAUGGUCAGGUCACACCAGAGGGACGCGGCCACUUAGCCCCGGCACCGAGGACCGUAACACCCCCUCCCCCAAAUUAACACUUAAAAUUGUUAUUGUAUUAAAGCCCUUAAACUAAAUAUUAUUAAUAAUAAUGCCAUUUGUGAACGUCAUGUUUUGGGAAUUAAGCA